UCACCGCACCUUCUGCAGCAGAUUGGCGCAGUAGAAAGCAUGCGCAAAUAAACUCCUCCUUGUAGUUCCUACAAACUAAACUGGGUUCUUGUUUGUUGCAAGGAAAUCGCGUGGCUGGAGACCGAUCAGGUAUCGUUUCAAGAAUCCAUUCAACAGUUAGAAAUAGUGAGCUAUCAAGAUGGUGCUGAACCCGGUGAUAACCAAACUAGCUGGAAGGCUAGUAGUCCUAGCAAGUGCUUCUCCAAGGAGACGGGAGAUUCUUACCAAUGUGGGACUACGCUUUGAAGUGGUUCCUUCCUGGUUUAAGGAGACCCUGGACAAGUCGUCUUUCGCAGCUCCGCAUUUAUAUGCAAUAGAGACUGCCAAGCAGAAGGCUCUGGAGGUGGCAAGAAGAAUGCCGUUUAAACAUCUCAAAACACCAGACAUUGUGAUAGGAGCAGAUACUAUAGUGACUAUAGAAGGAGACAUUCUUGAAAAACCAGCUGACAAACAAGACGCUUACAGGAUGCUCUCCAGGCUGAGUGGUAAAGAGCACAGCGUGUUUACAGGGGUUGCAGUAGUUCACUGUACCAGCGAGACUGACAGUCAAAUGGAGUAUGAUGUUUUUGAUUUUUAUGAAGAAACAAAAGUAAAGUUUGCAGACCUAUCAGAGGAGCUACUGUGGGAAUAUAUUCACAGCGGUGAACCAAUGGAUAAAGCCGGUGGGUAUGGUAUUCAGGCUUUAGGAGGAAUGCUGGUUGAAUACGUCCACGGAGACUUUCUUAAUGUUGUGGGAUUCCCCCUGAAUCAUUUUUGCAAGAAACUGGCAGAGAUCUACAACCCCCCACCCAAAAGUGAGAUCCGGCACACAAAGUAUGAGUCUAUACCAAACGUGGAAACAUUCGAUAAUCCUGGUGACCUUGAGAGUGGACUGGAGAGGCACACGGAGAACAGAGAGGCAGUCAGGAUAGGCAACCAACUGGGUGACCAAGACAACAGGAGUAUUUCACACCACUGCGCUGCAGUGUCAGUGGAGGCUCAGGGUUCGGCUAAAGGGCCUGUAGAAUUUCCUCACAACAUUGCAGGUCUUUUGGAUGGCUUUAAAGCUUCAAAGACUUUAUUUGUGGCAUCCAAACUGAAGGUGUUUGACCUGUUAAACCAUCAUGGUAGCUUGAAAGUUGGAGAAGUUGCUGACAAACUUCAGACCUCUGUUGAGGGAACAGAGCGACUCCUUGAUGGCUGUGUGGCACUUGGUUUGCUGGAGAAAACCCAUCAGUUAGACUCUCUGGUGUAUAAAAAUACAGAGCAAGCAAACAUGUACCUGGUGUCAUCCAGUGAAUAUUCCCUCCACGGGUAUAUUAUUCACGGUAAUGAUCACGUCUGGCCACUGUUCACACACCUGGAGCAUGCUGUUCAGGAAGGGACUAACCAGAAUGAGAAAGCCUUCGGGAGCAAAACAGAGGAUCUCUUUCAGGAUGCCUACUGCAACAAAAAAGACGUGAGGCUGUGCUUUAUGAACGCCAUGCACAGCAUUGCCCGAGCGACGGGAAGAGAUGUUGCAGCAGUCUUUGACCUCUCUCGGUUUAAAACCGCAUGCGAUGUAGGAGGGUGCACAGGAGCAAUGGCGUAUGAACUUGUGAAAAUGUACCCAGAUUUAACUAUCACAGUCUAUGAUCUGCCAGCUGUUAUAGAAAUGAGCAGCCAUUUUCGGCCUCACAAACAAGAUACCAAUCGAGUGACGUUCACAGCAGGACACUUUUUCAAAGAUGAUCUUCCUAAAGCAGACCUGUAUAUCCUUUCCAGAGUUCUUCAUGAUUGGUCUGAAGACAAGAUCGAUGUUCUGUUAAGCAAAAUCUCUCAGAUCUGUACACCAGGCUGUGGGCUGCUGGUGGCUGAGAUCGUUCUGGACGAGCAGCGAAGGAGCCCAGCAAGAGCACUGCUGCAGGCCCUCAGCAUGACUGAAGGGAAGCAGAGGAGUGGAUCAGAGUACAGCCAGCUCCUGCAGAAAUACGCUUUUACUGAAAUACAACCGAAGCACACAGGAAACUUUCUGGACGCAAUCCUGUUCGUUAAACAGUAAUGUGACUUUCACAUGAUUCUAACCCAGAAGAUUUUACCAGCGUAGUGUCUGGGUCCUGUGCACUUUAAUAAUGGAAGGUGCUAUUGCCAUUAUUAGUGUGUGGUCUUUAUUUCAUUCAAACCCCUACAAAGAUAGUUUUAACUUCCAUUGUAUCAGAAAGUUGUAUGAACACUACAGAAUUGUAUUGCUUAUUGUAAUACAGAUGUGCCCAUUUUAAUUUCAAAUAUUUGAGCCUGCGCUGUUACAGAAUUAAUAUUACAGAUGCCAGGACUGUAGUGAAAUGUUCUGAAUCCAGUUAAGUGUUUCUUUACCAAAGCACAAUGUUUUUUAAUAUGGACACUCUGAAUAGCCACAUACAAUAAAGAACACUAGUUUUAUCUUUCAACAUAAUAAAAUGUUGUAAUUUAA